AUGUCCGGAUACUACGGAGGCCACCCUCAGGGCGGCGGCUAUGAUAACCACGGCCAACAGCAAGGCCAGUAUUAUCAGGGCCAGGACCAAUACCAGCAGCAUCCGCAGCAGCAGCCAUACGGCGGCCAGCAUCAGGGGCCUCCCCAACAAGGUGGCUACUACGACCAAGGCGCUCCUCAACAGCAGCAAUAUGGUUAUAAUGCCCCUCCUCAGCAGUAUGAUAACAGAGACCAACAUCAGUAUGGCGGCGGAUACCCUCCGGCCGGCCAGCAGCAUCAUCAAGGUGAGAGCAAUGCGUACUAUGGAGGCGGGGGCCCACCACAGCAUGGCGGAAUGCAAGGGGCUCCCGCUUACCCCCAGGGCCCAGGUGGGCCAGGCGGACCAGGCGGACCUGAAGGUGAAAGAGGUCUGGGAAGCACACUGAUCGGAGCUGCUGGAGGUGGGUUCAUGGGCAAUAAGCUUGGCGGAGGGGCGUUGGGCACCAUCGGUGGCGCUGUUAUCGGUGCUGUUGGAGCUAAUGUCGCUGGACAUGCCAUUAAGGACCAUCACAAGAAACACAAAGGCGAGAAGAAACACAAGAAGGACAAAAAGCAUAAAAAGGAGAAGAAGAGGGGCCACGGUUCGUCCUCGUCCUCCGAUAGUAGCGACAGCGACUAG